CAUAAAAGUGGACACUACUAGAAGUGGAAGCCAGAGGUAAUGAGGUGAAGAGACAAGUGUGAGAGAGCAGUGGACAUAGACCAUAGUCACAAGAACUCUUUAAAUUCCGCAUUGUAUCUACUACGGCGAUUUUCUAGGGUUCUGUGUUACUUCUCUCUUUUGCCGCUUAAAUUGAUGGUGCAAAACGCCGGCAUGGUUGCCGGUUCUUACCGGAGAAAUGAGUUUGUUCGGAACAGAGACGAUUCUGAUGAUGGGCUGAAACCCUUGAAAAAUCUGAAUGGGCUGAUUUGUCAUAUCUGUGGUGAUGAUGUUGGACUCACUGAAACUGGCAAUGUCUUUGUCUCUUGUACUGAAUGUGGCUUCCCUUUGUGUCGAUCUUGUUAUGAGUAUGAGAGGAAAGAUGGAACUCUGUGCUGCCCGCAAUGCAAGUCUAGAUUGAUCAGUAGGAGUCCUGGAGUUGAAAGAGAUGGAAAAGAGGAUGAUGCUGAUGAUAUCGAGAAUGAGUUUGGUUAUACCCAGGAAAACAACAAGGCAAGACUCCCAGAUCGCGCUGGAGAGUUCUCUUCAUCAUCUCGACUUGAAUCUCAACAAGUUUCUCUUCUUACUCAUGGCCAUCCGGCUUCUGGAGAGAUUACUACGCCGGAUAGGAAACCUGCUAUGUCUCCUUGUAUUGACCCACAGAUACCUGUGCCUGUAAGAAUCCUGCACCCAUCAAAAGACUUGAACUCUUAUGGACUUGGGAAUGUUGACUGGAAAGAAAGGAUCGAAGGUUGGAAGAUGAAGCAGGAGAAGAAUAUGUUACAGAUGACUGGUAAAUACCAUGAAGGGAAGGGAGGAGAACUUGAAGGGACAGGGUCAAAUGGUGAAGAACUCCAAAUGGUUGAUGAUGCUCGGCUUCCUAUGAGCCGUGUGGUUCAUUUCCCAUCCUCUCGCAUGACACCUUAUCGUAUAGUGAUAGUUCUCCGGCUCAUCAUUUUGGGAGUCUUCUUGCAUUAUCGUACGACUCAUCCGGUGAAAGAUGCAUAUCCCUUAUGGUUGACCUCAGUUAUUUGUGAGAUAUGGUUUGCCUUUUCUUGGCUUCUUGAUCAGUUUCCAAAAUGGUAUCCCAUUAACAGGGAGACUUUUCUUGACAGGCUUACUUUAAGAUACGAUCGAGAUGGUGAACCAUCACAGCUAGCUCCUGUGGAUGUAUUUGUUAGUACGGUGGACCCAAUGAAAGAGCCUCCUCUUGUAACAGCAAACACCGUUCUCUCAAUUCUUGCUGUGGACUACCCAGUCGAUAAAGUUGCCUGUUAUGUUUCAGAUGAUGGUUCAGCUAUGCUUACUUUUGAAGCCCUUUCUGAAACGGCUGAGUUUGCAAAGAAAUGGGUACCUUUUUGCAAAAAAUUCAACAUUGAACCUAGAGCUCCUGAGUUCUAUUUUUCCCAGAAGAUAGAUUACUUGAAGGACAAGAUCCAACCUUCUUUUGUCAAAGAGAGACGUGCAAUGAAGAGAGAGUAUGAGGAGUUUAAAGUGAGGAUCAAUAUCCUCGUCGCUAAAGCACAGAAGAUGCCUGAAGAUGGCUGGACAAUGCAGGAUGGUACACCCUGGCCUGGUAACAACCCUAGAGACCAUCCUGGAAUGAUUCAGGUUUUCUUAGGCCAUAGCGGAGGAUUGGAUACUGAAGGAAAUGAGCUACCUAGGCUCAUCUAUGUGUCCCGUGAAAAGCGUCCUGGAUUUCAGCACCACAAGAAGGCUGGAGCUAUGAAUGCCCUGAUCCGUGUUUCUGCUGUUCUUACUAAUGGGGCAUAUCUUUUGAACGUGGAUUGUGAUCACUACUUCAACAACAGCAAGGCGGUUAAGGAAGCCAUGUGUUUCUUGAUGGACCCUGCAAUCGGAAAAAAGUGCUGCUAUGUGCAGUUUCCACAGCGUUUCGACGGCAUUGACUUGAAUGAUCGAUACGCCAACAGAAAUAUUGUCUUCUUUGACAUUAACUUGAAGGGGUUGGAUGGUAUCCAGGGUCCUGUGUAUGUGGGUACUGGUUGUUGUUUCAACAGGCAGGCCCUGUAUGGAUAUGAUCCUGUGCUAACAGAGGAAGAUCUCGAACCUAAUAUUAUUGUAAAAAGCUGUUUCGGCUCAAGGAAGACAGGAACGAGUAGCAAGAAAUAUCACUAUGAACAAAAUAGAAGCAUCAAGAGAAGUGACUCCAGUACUCCACUUUUCAAUAUGGAAGACAUUGACGAGGGUGUUGAAGGCUAUGAUGAUGAGAUAUCUCUAGUCUCCCAGAAAAGUCUAGAGAAGCGUUUUGGUCAGUCGCCGGUAUUUAUUGCGGCAACCUUCAUGGAAAAAGGAGGUCUUCCACCGACAACCAACCCAACAACUCUUCUGAAGGAGGCGAUUCAUGUCAUAAGCUGUGGUUAUGAGGCCAAGACUGCAUGGGGGAAAGAGAUCGGGUGGAUCUACGGUUCUGUGACAGAAGAUAUUCUCACUGGGUUCAAGAUGCAUGCGAGGGGUUGGACAUCGAUCUACUGCGUGCCUUCACGCCCUGCGUUUAAGGGAUCUGCACCCAUCAAUCUCUCUGAUCGUUUGAACCAAGUUCUUCGAUGGGCUUUGGGAUCUAUCGAGAUUCUGCUCAGCAGACAUUGCCCUAUAUGGUACGGCUAUAAUGGAAGGUUGAAACUCUUGGAAAGACUUGCUUAUGUCAAUACCAUUGUCUAUCCAAUUACAUCCAUCCCGCUCCUUGCCUAUUGUAUGCUUCCAGCUUUUUGCCUCAUCACCAACAAGUUCAUUAUACCUGAGAUAAGCAACUCUGCAACCUGGUGUUUCAUACUUCUAUUUAUAUCCAUCUACGCAUCAGCAGUCUUGGAGCUCAGAUGGAGUGGUGUGGCCCUUGAAGACUGGUGGAGGAACGAGCAGUUUUGGGUAAUUGGUGGAACCUCGGCUCAUCUUUUCGCAGUGUUCCAAGGUCUACUCAAAGUGUUUGCAGGGAUAGACACAAACUUCACGGUCACAUCAAAAGCAUCUGAUGAAGAUGGAGACUUUGCAGAGCUCUACGUCUUCAAAUGGACAUCUCUUCUCAUCCCACCAACCACUAUCUUACUUGUUAACCUUGUCGGUAUUGUGGCUGGUGUCUCUUAUGCCAUAAACACUGGGUACCAAUCAUGAGGACCGCUCUUGGGAAAGCUCUUUUUUGCUUUUUGGGUUGUUGCUCAUCUUUACCCUUUCUUGAAGGGUCUUUUGGGAAGACAGAACCGAACUCCGACCAUUGUCAUUGUCUGGUCUGCGCUUCUUGCAUCCGUCUUCUCAUUACUUUGGGUCCGAAUCAACCCCUUCAUUUCCACUACUGGGGUUGGGAGCAACAAUUUCAUGGGUGAGUGACCUGCCCAGUGUCAUGCUUUACCCCUAUCUAUAAAUGAGUGUGUGUGAUGAGUAUAGGAAAUCUAUUGGUCUUGUGGGAAGUUACUAUAAUAAACCCAAUGAUAUGAUUACCUGUAUUAAUCUUUUUCUUUA